UUAACAUCUUCUGGGGCAGCCACUUUGGGAGCGGUUUUAGCAAAAUCAGACAACACAAAAAUACUCCUUGCAGUUAGCUUGACAGUGCAGACAUCACUCGAAUUAUCAAUGUUGAGAGUCCUCAAUUCGUUCUCGCGGUUCGUUACAAGGGCCCCCCUGGUCCAAAAUGUGGUCGCGAACGUGCCACUUGUGCGCACCAUCACAUCGGUCAUCCCCACAACGAUCGCAGCCCCCAAACCUAGUCUCUUAUCCAGCCCCCAGCUCUUCCAAGUCAGCUCCCGCAACCUGAUUAAAUUGGGGCUUAAUCGGGGGCGCUGCAAGUCGGUUAAGGCAGUGAGACGGAGGUUUUACCGGCUGCAUUGGGGCGCCUGGAUCCGCACAAUGUGUGGGCGCCACAAAAGGCUGUGGAAGAAAAGUGGGGCUAACAAGCGCCGUUUGAGGCAGCACGUCAUGUGCAACGCCAGUCAGAGCUACCUUUUGGAUAAAAUGGCAGGGCCCUUUUGGACCAAACGACGGUAUUACGUCGAUGACCCCUAUGAGCCCUACCACACGCGCGAGGAGUACCCCCUCAGUGCGCGAAAGCCCAAGGUUUUUGUGCCCCCAAGUGGGACAGUGCCCAAUUGUUAAAUAAAUAAACUAGUUGUAAAUAAAAUUUUUAUUGAA